UGCUCCAACACGACGCACGACGACGCAGAGGCGCAGCGAGUAACGGAUUACUGAUCAACUGAUCGAUGAGGCACACAUUUAUCACGGCUCUAACUUCAGCCACUACACCCAAACAAUCGGAUAUUUGUUCCCCCUCCUAUUUUUUUUUUUACAGAAGGAAAAAUGACAUGAAGACAUCUUUUCUCUUCAGACCGUCUGUUCCAGUGCAGCUGAACCCACUUGUUUGCCACAGAGGAGAAAUCUAAGAAUCUGAUGUACGAGGAUCGAUACUUGGUUUCAUCAGGAAAUGUUUCUUAUGGACAAAGGAGCGCGCGUAAAAAGCCGGUUUCGCACGUUAUUCCAAAACUGCUGGGGGGAAAAAAAUAAAACAUAACAGUCUGGAUUCACUUUUCCACAGCGGAAAUGAGAUCAGUCCUACUCCCUGGCUCCACUUCUCCUAAAACAUGGUCGAUGUAACUCCAUGUAGUUUAUCUGACAAUCUUUGACUUCUGGCUACAAAGAGCGUUUUAUGAAAGGAAAGAUGUUUGCUGGACUGAUGGGGCUGGAAUGUCACAACAACCCUCUGCUUCACCGCUGCGAAGUCACGGAAGGUGGCAGAGCAUCAGGGACAGCUGGCAGCUCUGGCCGUAAGAGGCUUCACCGAAGACCUGGGUACAUGAGAGGAGAGCAGUCCAGACUACAGAGCACUACUCAUGGACAGGAGGAGGAGGAGGAGGAGGAAGAGGACGCGAGGACCACUUGCAUGAGGAAUGGAAAAUCUGGACGUCACACUGACAUCACUGAGGCAACAAACGCUCAGGGGAUGAGUCUAACGCCUGCUGUCAAAGUGUCCUCGAUAAAUCAGCAGCAGCCCGAUAAACUCACAUGUAGCUCCAAGAAGAGUAAGAACGUUAUCUGCUCUGUUUCCCAUCCUCUUCCCCAUGUGGACUUCAGUGUCAUCAACGGUACAUCCAGCCAUCAGGAUCAAUCCUCACUGCCACAGAGUGAACUCAGGGUAAGCCCAAGCCCGGCACUACAGUCCUCACCACAGGAGUCCUUUAACUCCAGCUUCAGUUUCAUCCAACAGUCGCUCAACUCCAGCCAGAGGACAGACACAACCACUGCCACACUGGCCCGGCAACCAGAACCACUUAAUUGGUCAACUAAAGCACCUAGUUCACCUCAAACAAAACCAGCAACCUUACUGACAGAUGUCUUAAAGCAUUCAACUCCUGUCCGAUCACCACCCUCCUCCGCUCCAAGCAGCCAGGCGGAGAAAGAAGAGCCGUCAUUAGGCGGGAGGUUUUGGCGGGAAUGUCUGUGGAGUGGCAGGGAGGUUACCUCCGGCCUGCCCGACUGCGAUUCCCGAUCUCUGGACAUAGAGAUCACUUCCUCGCUGUCUGUGGACUCAGACACAGCUUCCGCUUCCUCUGUCACCUCUGGCUAUGAGAGUGCCACGCCUGCCUCCGAUCAAGGCUGGGACAACCUGGUGAAGAAGUACGAAGUCGUGCUGCAAGACUGCCUCCAAAACAACCGCACUCACACCAAGAUUGAGUCCAUGAUGUUGAAGCUGCAGAGACUCCAGCAGAAGGCCAUUUUGGAUGAUGACUAUGACGCAGCCGAGCGUUUUGGGAAAAAGCUGGAGGAGCUGUGCAAGGAGCGAGGAGCCCUGCAGCUGGGUUUACCCUCCAGACAGCCCAGCGUGGCUCUGUUCCUUGAGCAGCUCAGACAGGUGGUGCACAGCGCCCUCCAGAGGGCAGACUGCAGUCAGCGCAGGGAAGCUGCAGAGCCUGAUGCAGGGGAGCGGUCCGACUCAUUGCAGGGUCCACUGCAUCGAAGGGACCGUCUGAUCCGAGAGAAAAGGAUGGUGGAGGAGGAGAUAGCUGAGUUGCAGCAGAAGCUGGCAGAGCUGAAAGACCGCAGUCUAUGCUUGGAGCAGCAGAUCCAGCAGGAGGAGCAGCAGGUGGAGGCUGAGGAGCUGGAGGGCUCCGUCCUGAGGAGCUGCACCUUUGCCCAGCUCCGCGAUAUGAGCCGAACCCUGCAGGACCUUGUCACCUCUGAAAACCGUAUGCAGAUCUCCGUUUCUCCACCACCCUCCAUGCUCAGGCUCCAGGAGCAGGAGCAGGCAUUGAAUCUGUCCAUCAAGGAAGCCACUGCUAAAGUGGUCAUGAGUCAGAGGCUGGGCAGCAGCCUGAGGAGGAAAGUCAGUGAGACUGAAACGCAGCUUUUGGCACUGCAUGAAGCCAAACUGGCGGCCAUAUCAGGUAAUGACUUCAGCAGCGCCAAGGAGCUGAAGGCUGAGAUGAAGGCAGUGUACCUGGAGCGGGACCGGCUAGAAGCUCUGGCCAAGAGGUUGCACAGCCUCAGCUCGGGGAGCAGCCAGGAGCUGGCCAGGAUGAAGGAGCAGCGGCAGCAGCUCAGGCAGGAGCUGGAGCAGAGGGAGGCCCUGCACGAAAGCCGACUGAAAGAGAACACUACCAAGUAUAUUGAGCUAUUGGAGGACAGAUUGCACAGUUGUGGCUGUCCAGGCUUGGAGCGGAUCUGGGAAGCUGACCUGGAAGCGUGUCACCUGUUUUUGCGAGGCCUCCAGUUGCGGACUCCCAGCUGCAGUGGAGCAGACAUCGAAGACCUCCCCACUACCGCGGCUUAUCCUCCAGCCCAACCAUGCACAAAGGAGGAAGAAGAAGACUGCGCAAUGCUGACUGCUUUAGGAGGGCGCUGGUGUCCCGAUGCUAACUUACAGAACUCAGAGUUCACUAAGAAAUUGGAGGAGUUUUUGUUCUGCAUGGAGGAUAAUCACCCAGAGGACGGGUGCAGUGAAGCUGAGGCUGCAGACCUGACAGAGCGCUGCGAGCUGAUCAGUGACAGACUAAUGAUCUUGGAAGAUGAAUUGCAGACGGCCAUACUAAACCGGGAUCGGGCCCUCACCCAGUCUUUAGAAAAAGAAGUUCAGGAAGUAAAAGCCACUUUGCAAAGCAUGCUCACGCAGCUCAAAGAGGAAGAAGAAGAGGAAGGGGAAGUGAAUGAGUUAUUAGAUGAUGACCUCAUGAAAAAUAGGACUGAGGAUGAAGAGGAGGAAGAGGAAGAAGAAGAGGACCAGUACUUCAGUGACAGCUGGGACAUUUGAAAUGCCUGUAGUGUUUUAUGACCACUCACACAAAGACUGGCUCUCUGAGAGCCUGACCCCGGCUUUGCAGUAGAACUGACCCCAUAUCCAUUUACCAUAAAGCCUCACUCAAAGCGCUUUACAACCAGCCUCUGUGGUACUGCUGAAAGUUUCCAGCACAAAGUCUUAGAAAGUCUGUGUAAGAUUUUUUCUUCAGAUGGAAAAAAAAGGAAAAAUAUGAAGGAUUUGAUGCAAAAUAUAAGACACUUUAAAGCAAAUUUUAGAAGUUCCUCAGAUCUUGCCAGCCUAAGUUUAAACCAGGUAAAAAGUGCCUUAGGCCACCAAGCCAGAAAAAAUAUUGUUUUCAAGGUGUUUUUGGAUACAGGUUUCCAUGUCAUGUCCUACUAAUGCUGAGCACUUUUAUUCUUCAGAUUUUACUGUCAAAACUUUACCAGUGUUUGAUAAUUAUUUGGUUAAUGGAGAAUUUUUCAGUUGUUGUGAUUUGUUGUUAUUUGCAAACCAGUUGAGACAUUAUCAGCUGUAAAGAAAGACUGUGUAACUUUUGCUGAACAACAUCAACAUCGUCACAAGUAAAAGCUAAUGAAUUAUGGUAAAUCCUAUAACAUUGUGUAACAGUACUACAUAAAGAAAAAAGCUGUACAGCCAGCGAAGUGAUUCAGUGAUGUUAGUUACACAGCAACAUCUACCUGUUUGCAUUUUUUGCCGAGGACCAAGUGGACAAUCUAAACAUCUUUUACUGGAAACAGUCUUGCACAUAAACUAAAACAUAUGCUCAAUUUUUAGGUCAGCCAGCCACUUUUGUGUGUUUUCCGUACAAUUGGACUUCAAUUACAUGUAAUUUAGUCCAUUAAAUAACUCACUUGUGGUGCUACAGAAUGUGAGCUAACUUGAACAC